UUUCUUCACCACUCUUCCUCCCUGAAUGCGAAGAGCGGAAAGCUAGAAGCAGCGAAACCCUAGAAAGUUUGAAUAAUGGUGAAGCUCACGGCUGAUUUGAUCUGGAACAGUCCUCACUUCUUCAAUGCCAUCAAGGAACGAGAAUUGGAGCUACGAGGUAACAAGAUUCCUGUAAUCGAGAACUUGGGUGCUACUGAGGACCAGUUCGAUACAAUUGAUCUGUCUGAUAAUGAGAUAGUUAAGCUGGAAAACUUCCCACUCCUCAACCGCUUAGGAACUUUGAUCAUAAACAACAACCGGAUCACCAGGAUUAAUCCUAACAUUGGAGAGUUCCUACCAAAGCUGCACACUUUGGUUCUUACAAACAACAGGCUUGUGAAUUUGGUUGAAAUCGAUCCCCUUGCCUCCAUUCCGAAGCUGCAGUACCUUAGUUUAUUGGAUAAUAAUAUCACCAAGAAGCCAAACUAUCGCCUUUAUGUGAUUCACAAGCUUAAAUCGCUUCGAGUGCUUGAUUUCAUUAAAGUCAAAGCCAAGGAGAGAGCUGAAGCUGCGGCUUUGUUUUCAUCUAAGGAAGCAGAAGAGGAGGUUAAGAAGGUAUCUCAGCAGGAGGUUCAAAAAGUGUCUGAUACUACAGAAGAACCAGAGACUCCAAAAGUGGUGGCACCAACACAGGAGCAAAUUUUAGCAAUCAAGGCUGCAAUUAUCAACUCCCAGACGAUAGAAGAAAUUGCAAGACUCGAACAGGCUUUGAAGUUUGGCCAGGUUCCUGCAGGCCUGAUAGUUCCUGAUCCUGCAUCUGGUGUUAAUGACGGUUCUGGUCCUAUGGAGGAAUAGAAAAUGUGGCAGUUGCGCUCCUUCAGUCCGUAGUAGCUGCUGCUGGAAUGCUCACCAUCUGACAAGCUUCACGGUCAUGCAAGGUUUCUGUCGCUUCCUUAGGAAAUUGUAAACUACUUCUGCUCAAGAGCAUGUGUUUUUGAACCCUUGAGAAGAGUGGCUGAGAGGAUUGUAAUCGUUAGUCUGCAAUCAGAGAGAGAGAUGGUGCACACUGAAUUUACCAAUGCUCUUUUUCGCAUUAUUGUCUCCUCACUUUAUCUUGAAUCUCGUCCAUCAUUGUAUACUUAUACCGAGGGAAAACAUAACAGGUGGAUUUCCAUAUUCCACCGGUUUAUAAGCAAAACACUCGUUAAUGAUAGUUGAAAGGAUGCACUUUUACAUU